AUGGUUUUAACGCUUAUUUUAUUGGUUAAUUUAUUUGGUCUUUUUAUCACAUGUUGUAGUGGGAGAAAAAAUAAAGAAUCUAAAAAUUUAAAAAACAAAACUGCAGCUUCUGAAAUAAAAUGGAAAAAUUUUCAAUCUAAACAUCUUAAUCAAAAGAGUAUUUCUAUGGAUUCAAUUUAUACAAAAAAAAAACUUGUGAAAAUAAUAAAAUUGCUUCUAGAAACACAUGCUCAAAUAGAAAGUGAUGAUAUGAAAGAAGAUUAUUUUAGGUUAAAUAAUAAAUCCCAACAACAUCCACUUCCUAUAGUUGAACUUGUUGGAGAUAUUAAAAUUAAAAAAGUGAAUAAUAAGAAAAAUAUUAAUUUCACUCCACAUGAUUAUUUUAGAACACAACCGAAUAAUACACCAAAUACUUUUCAAAGGAUGGUUGGACCUAAAAGAAGUGAUUUUGCUUGA